GGGGGGGGGGGGGAGAGCCACGUGUACAGGAACUGUUUCUGACAGCUGACUGGAAAUUGCAGGUCUGUGACUGGGGAAGUACAGCUAACAUUAGGCAGCUAGCUACCUCUAAACAUACAGAGUCCUUUCAACUUUACUCACUGUAUCGUUUGUUGGUCUUCCUUCUUGACAGGUAACUAUGGCUGUCUGGAGGAAACUGUGGUGCAGGAACCUGCUGUCGGUGUCCCUGCUGCUCUGCGUCCUGCUCCUCACCGUAGACGUUAACGCACGGCCUGCCAACAUGUCGGCGGUUAAAGAAAAGUCUCCGGCAGGCAAGGACGACAAUGAGAUUCUCCCCCCGGACCACCUGAACGGGGUGAAGAUGGAGAUGGACGGCCACCUCAACAAGGACUUCCACCAGGAGGUUUUCCUGGGGAAAGAGAUCGAGGAAUUCGAGGAGGACUCGGAGCCGAGGAGGAACAGGAAGAAGCUGAUUGAGAUUUUCACAAAAGUUGAUUCCAACAAGGACAAGAGCGUUAGUGCCAAAGAGAUGCAGCGCUGGAUCAUGGAGAAGACGGAGGAGCACUUCCAGGAGGCCAUGGUGGAGAACAAGAACAGUUUCCGUGGUGUGGACCCCGAUGCUAACGGUCAAGUCACAUGGGACGAGUACAGAGUCAAAUUCCUGGCCAGCAAAGGUUUCAACGAGAAGGAAAUUGCUGAGAAAGUGAAGAAUAAUGAAGAUCUGAAACUGGAUGAGGAAACUCAGGAGGUUUUGGAGAGCCUGAAGGACCGCUGGUUCCAGGCCGACAACAACCCCAACGACCAGCUGCUGAACGAGCAGGAGUUCCUGUCCUUCCUGCACCCUGAGCACAGCAAGGGCAUGCUGCAGUACAUGGUCAAGGAGAUUGUGCGCGACCUAGACCAGGACGGAGAUAAGAAGCUGACGCUCUCAGAGUUCAUCUCGCUGCCUGUGGGCACCGUGGAGAACCAGCAGGCGCAGGACAUCGAUGACGACUGGGUGCGGGAGAGGAAGAAGGAGUUCGAGGACGUCAUCGACUCAGACCGGGACGGCAUCGUAACCAUGGCCGAACUGGAGGAGUACAUGGACCCGAUGAACGAGCACAACGCUCUGAACGAGGCCAAGCAGAUGAUUGCCGUCGCAGACGAAAACCAGAAUCACAAUUUGGAGCUGGACGAGAUUCUCAAGUACAGCGAAUACUUCACGGGCAGCAAGCUCAUGGACUACGCCAGGAAUGUUCACGAGGAGUUUUAGAGACAGUGAACCCCCUCUCUAGCGGCUUCAGAGACAUGCCAGAUGGGGAAGUAGCUAAUCAUGGGAUGUUUUAGUGUGCAGCCCUUUCAGAUCCAAUAGAGCGGUGCAGGGAUGAUGGAUUUUUUUAGGCUGACGUUUUUUCCAUUGGAUUUAGGAAUAUUGCCUAAAAUAAGAUCUUUGGCAAACACACGUUAAUCUCCACAUAUUUACACCACUUUGAUGAUUUAUGUUUUUAAGCGUAAAUGCAAUCGCUGGAAGAAAAACGCUAACAUUAGGAUAUAAACAAACAUCAAGGUCUCAUGACAGCAUAUUAGCACCGCUAAGCUAACCGUCGCUAAUGUGCGUCGUGAUGACGUUAAGUAGUCGUUUUAAUCACUUUUGUCUGACAUGGCGGUUCCUAAAUUGGCCAUUUAUUUAAUGUAUUGGAGCAAAACCUGAACAUCUCAUGCUUUUUUUUUAAUCACGAACCUUAUUUCUAACCAAAAGCAUGUUAAGAGAAACGUUGAGUCAGAGACGAGGGAACCAGAAGGGGUCAAAUAAAUGAAACUAAUAACCUAGAACUCAUUCCUGCACCACUCUAUGAAAACACCCAUCAGCCCUGGACUGCCAGCCAAUAAAGUUAAUAUGGUUUGUGAGACUUUAAAUGUUAGGCCCUAAAUCUAACUGUAUUUGUGUGAAAUGUGUGUGUGAGAGAUUGUAACCCCUAAUAGACGCUUCGUUCCUGAUGCAGUUGGGAGACUUCGCCUUCAUGUUUAUUCUGCAGGAUCUGCCUCCUUUCUUUUUUCUGGCGAGUCUGUACACUGUAAAUAUUCAAUUGUAACAACGCCUCUAUCGCAGAGAGAAGCUGAGUAAAUAUAUUAUUAAUGCUGCUAAGAGGACACACAUUAUAGAGAUGCUAUGAAAAACAAACUGUUUAUUGUUGACGCGCAGAUUUAAUCCCCCAAAAUAAUUUUUUUUUUUUUACAACUCUGCUAGUUUUCAUUGUAGAUAAUAUCCGUCCUACUUAUAAACAGGGUAAAAGUACAGAUGUAUAGCUUUUAAAAGUUAUAAAAGCCUCAAUGAUGUACAGUGAUCCUGCUCAGCACAUGUUUUCAUCAACAGUUGGCGUUCAGAGUAAUAUAUGAGAGCAGUGUGCCUUUUUCCCAGCAGACAUGUUGACCUAUUGCAGUGUGUGAGAGGUCAAAAUGUCCCCUGUGUGUAAAGGCCUAUUGUUUUGUUCUUCAUUAAAAAGCUUAAUUCAUGCUUGUGUUCAGAUGUAGAUAAAGAGGAAUGUAUUUAUUUGGAGAGCUAUCUUUGAGUAUCACAAGUUGGUUUACAAAGAACGGGUGCUCCUUCUUCAUCCUGUUUGAUCUGUUGACUAAAAUGUGAAAUCUUUUGGUUAAUUCACUUGUUUCAAAUGCAUGGACAAUGUUUUCACAUGUCUAAUAAAUUCAGCUCGGAUCACACUGUCCUCGGCCCUGUUUGGAUUGUAAAAUAAGAUUUAUGAAAACAGAAUGUGACACAGCUUUAUAAAAAUGUAUUGCAAUUACUGGUAAACAAUAAAUAUGUCUUAUUAAUUAAA